AUGAAGUAUGAGCGCAUGCCAAUUGAAAUCGAGUCGCCCGAAGAGUACGGCUACGAGAAUAUCAAGUACAACCUCUCUGAAAGUUCCAUCACCGACCAAACUUUGGAAAGCCUCAACCUGAAGAUCCCGAAUCUGACCUUACUCUACAACGCUCAUCGUGGAGAGACGAACCUCCGCACAUUGAUCGCCAAUCAUGCCAAUGUGGCAGCUGACGAUGUGCUCAUCACCGGUGGUGCGGCUGGGGCCCUAUUCAUUGUUGCUACAUCCCAGUUGGGUGCGGGUCAAGGCAAGCAAGGAAACCACCUUGUCGUGAUUCGCCCCAACUACGCGACCAAUCUCGAGACGCCCAAGGCCCUGGGCUGCGACAUCACUCAUAUCGACAUGACCUUUGAGUCUGGCUUCCAGCCCAACAUCGACACUAUCGAGGCUUCCAUAAAGCCCAAUACGCGACUUGUCUCGGUUACCUCUCCUCAUAACCCGACUGGAUCCACUCUUUCCCGCGCAGAUCUCGAACGCCUCGUUGCGGUGACCAAGCGAAAGGGCGUUCUCCUUCUCGUCGAUGAGACCUAUCGCGAUGUCUCCUAUGGCGAAAGUCUCCCCGUGGCCGCAUCUCUUGGCCCUCACGUUCUGAGCGUCAGCUCACUGUCCAAAUCCUUUGGCAUCCCCGGCAUUCGUACUGGCUGGCUCAUCUGCACCGAUAAGAAGCUUCAGGAAACCUUUCUUGCGGCCAAAGAGCAGAUCAGCAUUAGUGGAAGUGUAAUCAACGAGUGGAUUGCCACGCAGGUACUUUCGCGCCGGGAGGAGAUCUUGGCCGCUACCACGGAUGAGAUGCGCGCCAGGCUUGACUUGGUUGAGGAGUGGAUCGAGAGUGAGGAGCUCCUGGAGUGGGUAAAGCCUACUGGGGGGGUUGUUUGCUUCCCAAGGAUCAAGAAGGUGCCGACAGGCGGUUUUGCUGCUUUCUAUGAGAGGCUUUUCAAAGAGCAUUCAACCUAUGUUGGGCCUGGGCACUGGUUCGACAUGCCGGAUAGCUCUUUCAGACUUGGGUAUGGUUGGCCCACCCGGCAGGAGCUCAAAGCCGGUAUGGAAGCCAUCUCGGCUGCUUUACGAGAGGUGUGA